AUGACUCGCAAGCUAGUCUUUAUCACAGGGAACAAGAACAAACUAGUAGAAGUUCAGGCCAUAUUGGCAAAGUUCGACAUCGAGGUGGAGGCAAGGGCUCUUGAUAUCCCUGAAAUUCAAGGGACGACGCUCGAAGUCUCGGCAGACAAGUGUCGACGAGCAGCAGAGCUAGUCGGUGGUCCAUGUAUAACAGAAGACACAGCGCUCGCUUUUCACGCACUUGGAGGCCUGCCGGGGCCAUAUAUCAAGGAUUUCAUGAAGACAAUUGGCCACAGCGGUCUCAACGCGAUGCUCACUGGCUUUCCUACCAAGGGACCUGGAGAAACACCUCAGCUAUUUGUCGGUGAGACAGAGGGAGAGAUUGUCCCUGUCAGAGGACCUACGCAUUUUGGCUGGGAUGCCGUGUUCCAAGCCGCGGGGACAGGCCAAACAUUCGCUGAAAUGGAUCCCGUCUUCAAGAACACUAUCUCUCAUCGGUUCAAGGCGCUAACAAAGCUUGUCGAUUUCCUCAAGACGCUGCCAGAAUAA